AUGCCUGAGUAUCUGGACUCUUCGACAAUGGCUUCGGCAGUGGCCAAUGAAUCUUACGACCCCAAGCCUCUUGAGAUGGCAUCCCCAUCGAAUAAUCCGUUGCAUAGAUUGGCCUCCAACAGCUCUGGGGUGUCGAGGAUCUUGGAGGGAAUCAAGGACGAUCAUGAACUAGACAACGAAGAGUACGCUGUGAAGUCAGCAAUCCCUGUGGCAGAGGAGGCCAUUCAGGACGAGUUGGAGAGAGUCUCUAGGCAGCUUACUUUGCAGAGCAGAGAGAAGGCACCGAGCAUACAGUCUCUGGGAGAAUCCCUGCCGGAGGAAGAGCCUGAGGUGAACGAUCACCCAAUUGACGGGUUGUUUGCUAUGUGGCAGGCUGUUUUGGCGAUGCUCUUGGUUUUUCUGACGUGGGGUGCCAACGCAGCUUUUGGUGUGUUCUUGAAUUACUACAUGUCCAAUAGCUCUUUUCCAGGGGCCACCAAUUACGAUUUUGCUCUUAUAGGAGGUAUCGUUGUGUUUUUGGCACAAAUUCUUGCACCUUUGUGUUGUUUUUGUGUCACCAUGUUCGGUCAAACCCCUGUUCUUGUCUUAGGCUUGGUCCUCCAGACUGCGGGUUAUAUCCUUGCUUCCUUUUGCACUAAACUUUGGCAAAUCUAUUGCUGCCAAGGUGUCCUUGUCGGUGCUUCAUUCAGUUUGAUAUUUAUUCCAGGAACGUUGGUUCUUCCCACCUGGUUUCAGAAGCGUAAGUCCACAGCAAUGGGAAUAUGCGUCUCUGGUGCUGGCUUAGGUGGUUUAAUAUUCACUUUAUCUUUAAACAGACUCAUAUCUCAGACGGGCGAUCAACGUUGGCCAUUGAGAAUGGUUGGCUUUGUUACUCUAGGGACAACUGCUUUUGCCUUAUGCUUCUUAAGACCGAGAAACAAGAAAACCAUCGAUAUAAAUACAUCAGCAGUAACUAGGGAACGUAUUCGCAUGAUUUUAAAAGUUGUCUUCAAUGCAAGCCUCUUCAAAAGCUUACAUUAUUUGGUCUUAGGGGUAUGGUUUGGUUUAUGUCUCCUCGGGUACGUCAUUUGCCUAUACUCGUUCUCGCCAUAUGCUUCAUCUAGAGGAUUGACCCACAGCCAAUCUAAUAACUUGUUGGCAAUUUUGAACGCCGCCCAGGUUGUCGGAAGACCUUGUAUUGGUAACAUUGCCGAUUACUGCGGCAGAAGUAAUACGGCAGCUUUCUUUUGCGCGUAUUUGGCUAUUCUCAUCCUAGCAUUUUGGCGACAUGCCUCUUCAUAUGGCGCUCUAAUUGUCUUAUCAAUUUUGUUAGGCGGACCCGCAGGUGUCGGUUCCAUCAUGUCCCAGUCUUUAGGUGCGGAUAUCCUUGAUGCCCAAGAGAGACCUGAGCUUAUGCCUGCAGCAUGGUCAGGACUCAACAUUAUGGUGGCCAUUUUUUCACUUCCAUCUGAGGUGAUCGCAAUUGCGUUGAGAAAGGAAGAUGCAUCAAACAUCUACAAUAAUGCACAAAUCUUCACUGGUUGCAUGUUCUUCCUCGCAUUCUUGCUUUUAUUAUUCAACAGAGAGUAUCUUGUGAGGAUGAAGUUCAAAAAGAGAAGAUUCCAAGCACAAGCAGCUGCUAGAUAUCUCAAGGCAGAAGAUCUUGUAAAUUCCGAAGAUGAUGACCGCCCAAGGAUCAGAAUUGAACGAUACGACAGGCUCCUACAAGCAAAUAUUGCAUAUUACUUCAUCCGCAUGUUCUACCCUGUUAGGGUAUAA